AUGGCCACCACAACGGCCAUGCCCUCGCGCCAACUCCUCACGGCCCUCUUUGGCUCGCUGGGCAACACCCGCUGGUCCCUCUCGCGCGUCCUCCGCAGCGACAACCCCCUCGACAUCAACGGCGAACUGCGGGGCACUGCCGCCUUCACCGCGCUUAACCCCUCCGAUCGCGACUGGCUCUACAGCGAAGAAGGCGAGAUCCCGAGUGCCGUCACCGGAGCGGCUGCAGUGGCCGGCCUCCGCUGGACCAAAAAGUACAUCUGGCGCGGCAGUGACACUGGUCGGAUCAGCGUGUGGUUCGUCAAGGUCGCCCCGGGCCCAGACGAGGCCGAUUACCUCUUUCACAACUUCGAUUUCUCCGAGUCCACCUCCCCAGCGGAUGCCAAUGAGUCGACCGGCGAUUUCGUCACUCCGCCCAACCCUCCUGUCGUCGUCACCUCGGAUCCGACCACCAUCCUCGCCGCGCAAGGGAAUCACCUCUGUAUCAAUGACAUGUACCGCACCGCCUACGCCUUUCGCAUUCGUCCCGAGACCGGCGAGGUGCUCAGCUGGGCCAGCCGACACGUCGUCAAGGGCCCCAAGAAGGACCAGGACAUCGUGAACUCCUACCAACGGCUAGAAUGA